CCCCAGGCCCGGCUCACCGCAAACGCUAGCGCUGCUCACCCAAGUGGCAUUACAGAUGCUGCUGCUCGGCGUGGCACGGUGCAUCGCGAGGCAUAGCUGGGAGCAUCCCGAAGGUUAGCUGCUUUGGUGGUGCUUAUAAUCACACAUGUAGCUUUAGGUACCACGGUUGCGUUGCCCUGCCCUUCGUCGGCGAUCGACUGGUUCUAUCGCUAAGGGCCAUGUCCACUGAUUCUGACAAGACGGUUAAGGACGUUCUUCUCAUUAAUGCUGCCAUUUCUUCUCUGUUCGCCGUAGGCAUGGCAACGGCCUUUUCGGCCGGCAUGUAUGUUCAGGAGAGGCUGACCGCCGCGCAGCAGGCGACCGCGAACGAGACAGCGGAGCGCGUCAAGGCGGACGCGCAGGAGGCAGCAAAGCGCGCCCAGCUCGAGGCGCGCACGGAGCGCCGCUUCGUCGACAUGCUCGUGCAUUCCGACUACGAAGGAUGGCGAACGCACCUCGGCGAGCGGCUCACAGCGAGCGGCAAGGAGCGGCUGACGGAGAGCGAGGACAAGUGAGACGCCGCCAGGAAUGUUGGAGGCGCGCGGCCUAUCCCUCCCGCUGCGCCGCAAGCGUGUGUGCCUGGUGGCAUCCAGCUGCGUGCACGCCUGCUUGCGUGUGGCGGCCGCAGACUGCAACGUGCUGCUGGGUGGAGGCGGCAGCGGCUGCCGGCGAGCUUAUGUGGCAGCAGCUGGAGACGGAGCCCUUUGGCGGCAGCUGCAGCAGUUAGGCCGGUCUUGGGGCUAGAGCAGGGUGUGGGGGCUGGGGCGGGGGUGGCGGCAUAAGGACUCGGUCAGAUUAUGUUUUCGGACUGAAUCUUCGCAAUUAUUAAACAAAAGUAGUUUUCCAACGAAUGUGGAUCCACUUGCGGAGGCUGCACACUGAGCAGGUAAACGUUCUGGACAGUUUUGUUGUAGAUCGUGCCAUGGCUACCCGGGCACAUCAGGCCCAAGUGCCCCGUGCGCCACGCAGACUAGACGGCCGGCGUCUUCCGCUCUGACAUUCGCUUGCCGCAGCAACAGCGUGCCAUUGUUUGGAGCAUAGAGAGCUUGGGUAGAUGGCACAUUGUGGUUGUACAAGAGCCCACAGAGGCUGUGAGAGUUGGUACAUCAACAGGGCAUGUUGUUUGGCACAAUGUGGGCACCAUGCUCUUCUAGAAACGACUGAUGCAUUCGUCGGUGCUGGUGCAAGGAGGGUAAAUGCAUGUACUGACAUGUGGUAACGGUCCAACGGACUCACGGCAUCACUGUCGGGCUUCCACGCAUUCGGGUAUCGGUCGGUGCGUACAGAUGGGCGCAGGGGCCAAGGUCCUCGCCAUCAGGGUGUGUGCAUGUUGACGUGCUGGUUGCCUGGAUCUGCCCUCUGCAAUCUGCAUGCGCCCGUCCUUCAGCGGGUAUGCAAAUGCCUUGCGCGACAAGAUAUCUACAGCCAGGAAGCACCGGUACACGCCGCCAUUGCUCUUUUUGUAUCGUGGCAUUGUCUGUGCACUCUGUAAAAUGUCUGGCCG